GCGGCGGCGCUGUGCGGCCGGCCUUCGCCGCUCGGUCUCCUUCGCUCUCGCUCAGCCGCGGGGCGGGCGGGCGCGUGAAGGCCGGAGGGGUGGGGGCAACCGGGCCGCGGCGCCCGUGGCGGGGCGAGGAUGGCGUCGUGCGUGGGGAGCCGGACCCUGAGCAAGGACGACGUGAACUACCGCCUGCACUUUCGCAUGAUCAACGAGCAGCAGGUGGAGGACAUCACGCUGGAGUUCUUCUACCGGCCUCACACCAUCACCCUGCUCAGCUUCACCACCCUCAGCCUCAUGGCCUUCGCCUUCACCAGGGAUGAUACCACUCCAGAAGACAAUAUUUGGAAAGGCAUUCUCUCUGUGAUUUUCUUCUUUCUCAUAAUCAGUGUGUUAGCUUUUCCAAAUGGGCCUUUUACUCGCCCACACCCUGCAAUAUGGCGCAUGGUUUUUGGUUUGAGUGUGCUCUAUUUUCUGUUUCUGGUGUUCCUGCUAUUUCUGAACUUUGAACAGGUGAAAUCUGUGAUGUACUGGCUGGACCCCAAUCUCCGAUAUGCCACAAGAGAAGCAGACAUCAUGGAAUACGCUGUGAACUGUCAUGUUAUCACUUGGGAGCGGAUCCUGAGCCAUUUUGAUAUAUUUGCUUUUGGGCAUUUCUGGGGCUGGGCAAUGAAAGCAUUGUUGAUCCGCAGCUAUGGUCUUUGCUGGACUAUUAGCAUCACUUGGGAGCUCACAGAGCUGUUCUUCAUGCAUCUACUGCCUAAUUUCGCUGAAUGCUGGUGGGAUCAAGUCAUUUUGGACAUCCUGCUAUGUAACGGGGGUGGCAUCUGGUUGGGAAUGGUAGUUUGUCGUUUCUUGGAGAUGAGGACCUAUCACUGGGCCAGCUUCAAGGAUAUCCACACCACCACAGGUAAAAUCAAAAGAGCUGUGUUACAGUUCACUCCAGCAAGCUGGACAUACGUUCGCUGGUUUGAUCCCAAGUCUUCGUUUCAAAGAGUGACUGGAGUCUACCUUUUCAUGAUUAUCUGGCAGCUGACUGAGUUGAACACAUUUUUCUUGAAACACAUCUUUGUUUUCCAAGCCAGCCACCCUUUAAGCUGGGGUAGAAUCCUCUUCAUUGGAACUAUCACAGCCCCCACUGUGAGACAAUACUAUGCCUACCUCACAGACACACAAUGCAAGAGGGUAGGAACUCAGUGCUGGGUUUUUGGGGUGAUCGGUUUCCUUGAAGCAAUCGUUUGCAUCAAGUUUGGUCAAGACCUCUUCUCUAAAACACAGAUAUUAUAUGUUAUACUUUGGCUCAUCUGUCUGGCCGUUACAACUUUCCUGUGUUUAUAUGGCAUGGUUUGGUACGCAGACCGCUAUGGACAGCGAGAAAAGACUUUGUCAGAAAGUGAAGACAGCUUGUACAUCCCAGAUGCUUCCUGGAUAAACUCUAAGUUCCCAAGAAGUACUGGUGCAUCAUACGGAAUCGAAGACAGCCCACCUAAGCACUCCAGCAACACUGAGGGCCAUUCGUCUAGGAAGAGGAAUCGCCAUUCAAAAACAAAAGUGACCAAUGGGAUUGGCAAGAGAUAGAAUGACAGUUUCCAGAUUGGUUCCAGAAGUGUGCCUGAGAACUAAACCGGGCCUGAUUCUGAAUUCCCUGCUUGAAGGUUGACGAGAAGAGGAGGAGAUGGAAACGGACGACAUCUUCAGAAACCAGAGGCCCAGAACCUGGUCUAAGAUGGAGCUCACCUGUAUAUUGCAGAUCAUUAGCUGCUGUCACUUUGCCAUUCACUGGAUUAAAUUUAACCUCUUCUGCACUUGACACUCAAAACAGAUGUAAGAUGGAAAAAUCAUUGCUUGCUCCUGAAGGGUUUUGUUUGCUAAGUUUUGUUCUGGUAGCGCAAAUGCCUUCUUUGAAAGCCCUUCUUUAGCUGAGGAUCAUAACUCAAAGGCAGCCACUGGGGUUGGCUCAGUUGCUUUUGUGGUAGGUUCCCAAAAACUUUGUUUUGCAUCUUCCUUUAUUGUUGUUGUGGAACAGGAUGUUUUGGUUGAAAGAUAUUUUGCCCUUUUUCUCCAUCAGUCAGCUGAACCCUUUUGCACUUUUUAAAAAAACAAUCAGCAGGGUGUCAUAAAGUAUUGGAGUAUGUGUUGGUAAUUUUAACUGAACCUUUUCUGAGUCUAACAAAUGCUCAUCAUGUUCACUUCAUCGUCCAAUGUUCAUUCAAAUCUACUGCACAAUAAGAGCAGUGUCUGCCAUUCCAGAGAUGCAUAUGUAGCUUCAUAUACCCAUAUCGGUAUUCCGAAAAAAAUAAUAAUUCCCAGCAUUUCCAGUGUUUCCUGGAAGUUUAUCAUCUCUUCAACUUCACCACGUCUUUCAGAUACAUUCCUCUUGAGAGGCCAACAGCAACAAAAUUAUCCCCAUUAAAAGAAUGGUUGUUCUUAAGCCUAAGAAGAUGGCAUAUCUGGCAAAUUGCUAGAGGUUCCUUUUUUGCUGUUAUUUUUUUUGAGUACAGUCCACCUAACCUUGUUAGUUUAUCGGGUCAGUUUUUACAGUACUGUCUUCAUUUCUUUAAAAAAAUGCUCUAACAGUAUUUCAUUAUAAAGUUCACCAAACUGGGGAAUUCCCAAGAAGACAAUAUCAGUAAUAGUUUGAACCAUGCUAUAUUUUGCUCUUAAGUGAUCAGAACUGAAACCUUCUUUGGCAAAGAUUGUUUCCUUCGCAUCUGGCAGCUGGGUUGUGGGGUUGUGAGAAAGGUAGCAGGUGAGAUAGGCAUCCACAUCCAUGCAAUAAAAUAUAAUGGCUCUUCAACUGGGAAAUGCCACUAGAUGUGAUUUGCUACCAGAUAUAUACCAGUCAAUAAUAAAAUAUUCUGAAAGUCCACAGGUAAAGUGCUGUAAAUAGAGAGACCACAGAAAUCCAUGACUGUUCAUGUGCCACAGGGGAUCAGGUUUUGGAAUGUACUCUUUGCAGCUAACCGAGGUUCUCUUUUGUUUGGUGUUUUUCAUUCGUCAUCAAUGUGAAAGCCCUUGCAUCGAAAGCUGCUGCAUCUAUAUUCUAUUUGCGCCAUCUGUACUAAAUGUUACAUGGGAGAAAAUAUCUCAAGAGAUUUUUUUUUCAUAACAAACAUUGGUUUCUUCUUUGUAUUCUUGAAGAUGUAUAUUGUUACCGCUUGAUGGUCGUCUCAUGUUAAAUCAUUCUUGAAUGUAUUUGUGUUAACUCUCAAUUCCCUCAUGGGUCAUUUGCUUGAACAAGUGGUUUGAAUCCAUAGA